GUAAUUUUUAGCUGCCUGCCUGAUCGGUAUUCGGCGACAUUGUACUCUGGGUAUGAGGGUUUGGUCGUUUCUUUUAAGUCACCUCAUUGAAAGAUGGGAGUUUUUGUUUCAAGAAUGUGUAGUGAAUUCGAUAAAACAGAACGAACUACAGUAAGUUUGCUCUCUAACGAUGCGCUGGUUCAUAUGUAGUCUAGAAUUGACACGCCACAUUGAUAACAUGCAUCAAGAAAUUAACUACGGUCUGAGGCUGAAGCAGGAGGUUAACUAUGCAUUUUGGAUUCACACGUCCUAGCUUAGGGACAACUUAGCGUGUAUUAAUACACUUUAAACAUGAUCUACAAGACUGAUGUAUUUCCAGAUUAUUUUUCCACUCACAUACUCUUUUCAUCGCAAGAACGACAACAGAAAACUACUGUUUAUUGGAAUAACCCCAGUCAACAUUUUCGCGAGGAAACACGGGGCAUUUUGGGGGAAAACGUGGGGUAAGAAGCUUGGGGAAAUUUUGCAAAACCGCACGUUUUGCCCCGAGUUUUCACUGCAAUCUGCAAUACGCCCCUUUGUUUUGCCUUGCGUAAAUGUUGACUGGGACUAAGGUUGUUGUGUUUUUCAAAAUGCUACUGAAAGUGCGGCAACUUGAGCUGAUUCACUUCUGUGCCACAUUCUGUAUUGACUCGUAUUUUUGUUUCAGAAUAUCCUUUAGGUGUAUUGAUCAAGGUUGCAAGUGUUGUGAAUUUAUCUUCGAUACAUUUGGGAAAAUUCAUCCCUUUUCUUUCUGAUCAAAGUUAGGGUCGACGUGGAACCUGGCGUUACUAAAUAACGGAAUGUUUUUGCACACACACCAAUCUGAGAGAAGCUUUCCAGAUGCACUGACUUUAUCAGUGGGGCUGUGGUUUGGUGGGAUGACUACCAACUAUUGGGUCGCAGAUUCAAGCCCCGUCCCACCUAUCGAGGUUUGGGUAACUAGGUGGUAUCACUAACCUUCGCACAAUAGGUGUGGCUCACGGCCUACUGCAUGAAUACGCACAAGGUAUUUGAGUGUGUUUCGUUCGUUCAACUCUUUCUGACCUUUGUCUAAGAGUCACUUACUGUCUUUACGCUGUCUUUACAGCAAGCUGUAGAAAGCAUCAAACUUCUUCAGGAUGGGUUGUUGUCGCGAUCUGAUUACAGUCGAUCCAGUUUCUCGUUAAAAGUGUCCCUAGUGUUCUCAUUGUCGAACUGCGCUUGGAAUAGUUUUACUGAUGUCGUUUUUUAUGUCCAUUUAAAUGCAGAGAUCCGCGUACUUGAACCAACUUGUGGUCACUUUCCAAGCACGUGCUCGAGGAAAAGCAUGAAUCUUCGCUGACUAUCGGAUCACAAUAAACUUUUGAAUUGUCUUAUCACCUGUCUAGGUUUACGUAGCCAGUCAUAAUCACUGUCACAUAAUAUUUAGGACUCUGCAUCCGGUCCUUGAGUCUCAUUUUUACAAUUUACAAGGCUAAUUUUAGGUCUAAGCUCUUCAGGACGGACGGUUGCAAAAAGUAAUCUACCAUCAACACACCGCAACUGUUCAGUGAUCUGUCGGUAACAUGGAUGCAGAGGUUGAAGUAGAAGAGGAUUUUUCAGUUCCACAAAUAACUCCCAAGAUGAACUUCAACUACAGUCUAAUCGCCCUGUUUGUGUUUGUGAUAUCAUAUUUCAUGUGGAAGUUCUUCCGCUCUCGAAAUGCACAUUCUGUGACACGUCCAUCAGCUGGUGAUGAAGCCCAUCGUAAAGCCAUGGAAGCCGCAAGAGCUAAACUUCAGGCGGAGUUUGAUGCUGAGAUUGCUCGGUACAAAUCUAAAAAGCAAGACGAAGAAGAAGCAAGGAAACAAGCGAAAAAUUUGACGAAGUUUAUGAUUAAUGGGACAACCACCGAAGGCGAUGAGAAGAAGAAAAAGAAGCUAUUACGAUCGGAUGAUUAUAAUCCGUUGACUGGAGAUACAGGAACCACUUAUAGACCAACUUCACGGUUCUGUUCACGUGGUGGAUGACGUUAAACUGUCCCGCUGGACACUCAGUCAGUUGGCAUACAACUGAGUCAUAGUUUCCACUAUCUCACUAUCAACUCCAUAUUUUCUAAAAAUGAAAUUUGACAGCUGUUAAAUGACGUUGUUUAUUCGAAAUUGGAUCUAACACUUCUAAGAAUAACAACUGAUGUUCCAGGUGGAUUUUUUUAAAGUAUGGAGAAAAAUUUCUAUUCUGUUGUUAACUCGUUCAUGACUAUGCCAAAAAAGUUUUGUUAAUCUUAUUGACUUGUAAUUUUUUUUCUUUCCUGAAGAAAAUUAAUAAAUGCAAACUUCUCAAAGAGAAUUGAUAGUUUUCUUUUUUUUAUGCGGAAAGCUGUGAUUCAUUGGGUCAUGAGUUCGAAUACCGUUC